AUGCCUGAGCAGGGACCGGCCGUUUUGAAACUCAAAGGUGGGGAGGAGGAAAAUAUCCCUAACUUUCCCGCAAAAGCGAUGGAGAUGGAGCAAAGCACCACCGGAGAGGGCGGCGGAAUUCCUUUCAUCACCGCAUCUAUUACGGGCCACCAUCCCGACGGUGAAUCCAGGACAUCGGCAACCGACAGUCUAAGGCCAGAAGUUGCUGUUUUGAUGGUCGACACCAAUGCCUUGAACGCGAAGACCGUCAAACAUGCAGAAUGUCCAAACACGUUCACUGCAGAGAAGCCAUCAAUUCCAGACAACGAGACCAAAUCGCAGAAAUCUCAAGGUGUGCGGCAAAGCCUGAGCAAGUUUUUCCGCUCACUCUCAAGUGGAUCGAGCAUUGCAAAAAGAGACCCCGCCAGCGGCGCCGACAUUAAGUCUCGGGAAAAUACUAGCUCCGAAAGUACGGCCACGAUGCGCCAGAGGGGCAGCAGCUACCACGCCGUCAUCCUGGGCUUCCUACUCGCCAGUGGCACCAGCGCCGUGCUUUCCCUCGUAAAUGUUAUUGUCAAGAGGCUCGAGACGGUGAGCACGCUCGAAGUGCUCACCUUCAUGGCAUUCGGCGUCUUCAUCGGCAUCCUUCCCGUGGCCACUGAGGAAGUACAGCCAUUCGGAUCGAGGGCAGCCCAGCCGCUUCUAUUCGCGAGGACCAUUUUAUCACUGGCAUCGGCAACGUUGAGGCUCAUGAGCCUGUCCUACCUGACCGUCGCCGACUCGUCCAUCAUGACCAGCCUCACUCCGCUCAUGGUUGGCCUCACGGGGACGCUGUUCCUCUCCGAGCGUUGUCACUGGACCCGGGCUGUAGCAACUGCCCUCUCCGUAGUUGGACUCAUCCUACUGAUGAAGCCUCCGUUCAUGACAACAGCCAACGGUUCGAUGGCCAUGACACAGUACAUCGGUAUCGCCUACGGGCUCAGUCACUCGGUCAUCAACGGCGUCACCACCGUGUGCAUACGGGCGACGAGAGGAGUGUCGCGGAGCGUCGUGGUCUUUCACUACGGCUGUCUGUCUAUGCUUCUGGUGUCCAUUGUGUCCAUAGCCAUGGGUCGCCUCAAGGUGUUCUACGACGGCUCGCAAAUUGGAUACCUGCUGCUCAUCUCUCACCUCACAUUCGCGCUCCAGAUGUUCCUGAGCAAGGCGCUAGACGUGGAGAGCGCCUCCUUUGUGACCAUCGUGAAGACGUCCUCGGACGUGAUCUUUGGAUUUAUAUUGCAGGCUAUUUUCUUGAACGUGUAUCCGGACAGGUUCAGCAUUUUGGGCGGUUCCCUCAUCCUGUGUGGCGUCUUGAUUAUCGGUCUACGCAAGAUCGCCCUGGCCUCCGAUCCUGACAGCGGCAUCAGGCACAGGCUGCAGUUUCUGCUCGGAGAUUAA